UUAGAGCGUUAUGCGCCGAGUUUUGCCUUCUAGGUAGUUUUCCUUUCCAAGACGCGUAUAAAUACUGCUCUCCUUUACAAUCCCUAACUACUUCCCUAACCUUCAACUAUUUUUACAAUAACAUAUUACCUGUACUGUUUGAUUCUGAGACUGUAAUGAGGUUUAACGGAACCUGGAAGACUAGUUUCAGGGAUUAUCUCCACUCUGGUCCGCUCACGGUGGUGAUGCCGCGGCUGGGCUGGUGAAGCGGUUCGGUAGCUAGCCAGCUAGCUAACAGCUAGUCACCAGAGCUCCGCAUGAAAUUGCCACAUUUGUGGAGUUUGUCACCGACGUUAGCCGGUGUUGUGUAGCCUGUAGCGGCUUCACGGAACACAAAAUGCGGUUGGGACGGCAAUGAGCUGCCGUACCCGCAGAGGACCGCGAGGAACGUCCGUUAUGCUAACCACCGGCGGUUAGUUAGCUUAGCUAGCUCGCUAACGCUUUUUUUUUUUUACAGAUAAUGUUAUAACCACUUAAGUCGUCAUGUUAGCCAUGUCCUCCAGUGUGGAUGCUUUGGUUUGUUGCGGUCAUGCUUCCCCCCCCUCGGGGCAGAAAUAACCAACAAUAACAACAUGACUCACACACAGUGAGUGAGCUAAUGCUAAUGUUAGCUUAGCUUAGCCUAGCCUAGCUUAGCUUAGCUGGUUGGUUGGGCAGCCGUGUCUGAAGCGAUGUGCGUCCGAUGGAGCUGAAGUGUUUCUCGGCUUGCCAAAGAUGACGGGCCGGGCUUUCGUGCCUCUUCUGUCAGCAGGAGGCGGAACAUGGACGCCGAGGAAGAAGAGUGCAACAAAGACCUGAGUGCACACAGACUGCUGGAUAAAAAGGUGCUCUGCAAGCACAAUGGCAGGAUCGGUAUAGUGAGGACUCUUCACAGCCUGUUGAAAACCCCAAACACUCUGCAGAUUCAGUCCAUCGCCCGCUCAGAAUGUGCUGGCUCCUGUCCAAAUUUGAUGAUGAGUAGGAGUGAUCACGCCGACGCGAGGCCCGUCCCCGUGGCCCUCACCCCCCAACUGCCCCCCCGAGCCCACCGGCCCCUCUGCAUGUCGGUGUCCUCCGACAGCAGCGGACGCUUCAGAGCUCUGGAGACGCAGGAGUGGAAGAACAACCUCAAAGCUCAGAUGGAGCAGGCCCACAGUGCAGGAGCAGCAAGCAGCACAGGGUCCCUGGAGCGAGCGUCCCUGUUCUGCGCCUCGGCCUCCACCGCGUCCAGCUCCAGCCUGUCCAGCCCGGUGGAGAUCCUCAACAAGAGCAAGUCCUCCAGCCGCUUCUCUCUGUUCUCGCCGCCCUGGAACAGCAGCUCGGAGUCCGAGUCCAAUCCCCCGUCCCGCUCGGGCUCCAAGAAGCUGCGCAACUACAGCAGGAGGGCCGCCACGGGGCCGGCGGGCGCCAGGGGCCCCGACACGCCCGAGCCCAAACCCGGCGGCCCCGAACACUUCCAGUUCACCGAGCCCGUCAUCUCCAAAGUGACGGACUACAUCUACGUCGGCAACCUGAACGCGGCGUACAACGGACGCACUCUGUGCCGCAACAACAUCGACAGCAUCAUCGACAUGAGCAGCGUGCCGGGGGAGCCGGGCCCCAGCCUGGACCUCAUACCGUGCACCUGCUCGCGCGGCACCCGCCACAGCUGGUCCCGCCUCAAGGUGGACAUCGGGGACGUGCCGGACGCCCUCGGCGACGGCCCGGCCCUGAAGCAGCGCUGCUUCGAAGACAUCAACGAGUGCAUCGACGCCUCCACCGAGAAGAGGAAGCGCGUCCUGGUCCACUGUCGGGACGGCUUCUCCCUGGCGCCGACGUGCAUCAUCCAGUACCUGAUGGUGAAGCAGAACAUGAGGCUGAUCGCCGCCUACGAGAUCCUGAGGGCCAAGUACCCGGUCAACAUCAGGGACUGCCACCAGAACGCGCUGGUGAGCCUGGAGCGGGCGCUGCGGCCCGGCGGCAACGUCGACCCAGAGUGCUUCAAACAGGCCAUCUCCCGCAGGGUGGCGUGGACCUGACUCGGUUUCCCAGCAUGCCGGGCUGCUGCUUAAGACUCCUUAUAGUCCCUCCCCUUCCUGUGGAGCCCCGUGGGACCUUAAUCUCCGAAAAAUAUGUACGAUAGGUAACGGGGAGAGACAAAUUAUCACUUAAUCCCGUUUGAAAUAAGACAUAAAUUUCUAGGUGUGGGAAAAAUAAAUAAAUAAAUUGAUUCUUAGAUGCAUUGCAGUUCUCACUAGAACGAUUCGAUUAGAUGCUAAGUUAAUACCAAUUAAUAAAAAAUAAGGUUUUUUUAAAGUAUUUAUUUUUAUAAAUGUGUUGAUUUGUGACACGUGCAGAUCAGAGAACAGUGACUGAAAGAGGACAGCAACUUAGUUUUUUAGGGGCAAGAAAGCAGAAAAACACACAUAAAAUGGCUAAAAGAAAACAAUUAAAGUUUUGUGUACAUACACAUGAUCUCAUUAGACAUAUUUAAAUAUUUCGGCAAAGCACAUAAAGGCUGUUAAUCUACUUUAUCACAUUACAUCUGAGAAGGUGACUAUGUGUUUAUGUACAAUAUCGAGUAUAUUAGCAUAUUCAUGACUUAUUUCAAACCGGAUCAGAUAAUUAUUUGUCUCUCUACGUUCAAUACAGUACAUUUUAUUUCUCAAAAUAUAGGAAAAGGGGAGGGAGUUCGCCUCUCUA